GUAGAUGCGAUUGAUGUGUGUGGUCUGUCACUCAAUGCAUGCAUCGCAUCGCUAGCCGCCCCGCCCGUGCAGUCAGUGCACGACAGAUGGAUGACGGCUUAGACACUGACACAUAUGAGUCCUGUCAGUCAGCUAGUCUACAGCACCACCCGUGCCUGUGAAUUAGCGGUAUGCAUAUGCCAGUCUAAUUGGCUACGGAAGGGUCUAUCUGUCGUGGCUGCUGGUCGUGUGACUCCUCAGUCACUCGCCACACCUGACCUGAAGGGGGGGAGAGACACAGUCCAAUCGUCAUUCAUCGGCAACAAAGGCCUCAAGUGAUGAGGUGUCCUCCAUGCAAUCCUUUACUUGACUUGCCUGCCAAACUUCAAGCGCAUCCAGCACCACGCUAUCGUCUCCAGCUGGCAGUCCACUGCCAUCUUGGUCGUCGUUGCCCUUGUACCUGCACACACAACACCCACACACAACACGCACAUUCACACAUCCACCGUGUGCUAGGUGAGUGGAUGACACACAUCCAUCCAUCCAUCCAUUGAUCCAUCCUCACCCGGCAGGUAUCUCGGUCUUGUCGAUCCAGUGGUGGCACUGGGACAGGUCGGGGACGGCGUGUGCAUCCGCCGCUGGAAAGCGGUACCCCAGCCAGAGUCGGCCGUUGCCGAACGCCAGUUUGCCUGUGUGCUCGUGUUCGUCGUUCUCAAUCCAUCCCGCACGGCCGGCCACCUCCACCUGCUGCAGAUUCUCGGCGAUGGUGAUCUUCUUGGGCUCGUCGAAGCAACCCGACACUGACAACGGCAUGGAAUCGCGUGGCAUGGCAGUCACCAAACAAACACUGCGUAUGUGUCGGUGGGUGUGUACCUGAGAAGAAGAAGAUGGGACAGUCGAAGUAGUUGGUGCUCCUGGGGCCGGGUGGGAGGGCCAACUUGCCGUCCAUGUGGACGCCGAAGAUGUACUUUUUGUGUCGCAGGACGAACAGGAGGCCCUCCUUGUCGCCCACCUUGUCAGGCAGCUUGGUGUAGGUGAAGCCAUAGGCAGCGGACCUGACGAUGGCCAGCAGGUGGUCUCAUUCCACUGCCUGUGUGCUCGUGUCGGCGGGCUGGGGCUGCUUACUUGAAGACCAGCUCGCGUCGGCGGACCGGUUUGCCAAUCAUGCCCAGCACUUUGUUCAUCUCCUCAAGGGUCAGCAGCGACAUGUACAUGUCCUGUCCAGGACAAGCAACCAACAAUUGAUUGAACCGCGCACACACGGGAAUGCGCGAUGUCUCCCCGGCCUGACUGACCAUGUCGGGCAGCCCGAAGCUUCUGAAGUCCUUCAUAAGCUGCUCCUGAUCGUACGCGUGAGGGAUACUGACCACACUUCCACGAGGGGAGAUGCGCUGCCGCCUGGCGAAGUCAACUACCUGUUCACUCAGACACACACACACACAGCCGACUUCAAGCCAAGCCAGCGAGAAGGACACCCACCUACCUUCAUAAAGUUGGACGAUGAAGUCUCGUUACCUACAGCGGCAUUGUCGCCGCCCUCAGACCCCCUGGCAGACAGGCAAGGUGGGGCGGAUCACACCACACCCUUAUUGUCUGUGUAUGUGUCGGUGUGGGUGUGUCUGUAUCUCCCUCACUUGGUGAAACACUUUGCUAGGGCAUUGUCCUGUCCGAGUAGCAGCAAAGUGGCCUCUGUGGUGCUCACAGUGGUCCCAAGCACUGUGGCGCUCAUCACAGGCGUGCCGCCCUCGGGCUUCACCAGCUGCAUGAAAGGGUCCAUUACCCGAUAGAAACGCUCGAGCUCAUCCUUGGUCGCCUGCACACACAGACAGACACACGGACAGACAGACGGACGGACAGACAGGAGAAAUGGACCACUGUGUGUUGCCUGAGCGUCGUGCGGCCUGCUGUUCUGCCUGCGUUGCCAACCCACCUCCAUCUCGGUGAUAGCAGUCUGCAGCGAUCGCAUCUUGUUGUCGAGUGUUCGGUGUUGUUCCUCGCCCUCGCCCUCGGCUUGGCCUUGGCCAGCCAUGUGGGCGUCCUCCUCCUCCUCCUGCUGCUGCUGUUCGUCGGGCAGCUCAAUCUUGAGUGUGGUUUUGUCGAAGAGCAGGCCGUGGUAGGUCCUGAAGGAGGCAUCCUUCUUGUGGUGGUCCUCCCGCAGCGCUAUCUCGUGGUGAUGCUGCUGGUCGCGAUGCAUGAUCACCAUCUCGCCAACCAACCUACACGCAAUACAGAUCAACACAUCAACACAUCAACAAGGCCACAAACGAUGACCUUGACCCAUUUGGUUGUGUCCUGCCGGUGUGUGCCUGUCUGUCUGUCUGUCUGUCUGUCUGUCCUUGUGUGUUUGUGUGUGUGUGUGUGUGUACCAUUCUGCGUAUAGGGGAUCGAUGUCGAGGAAUCGGCGGUCCUUGUCGUCUACGGGGAUGGCGUUUUCAUAGUGCAGCAGCACCUGGGCGAGCAUCGUAUCGCGCACCGCUGGCAGCAACAGCAGCUUGCGGCGGACGGGGAUGACGCGACCGCCGAACUGACCAACACACCACACACAAACACAGAUCAGAUCCCAUGACCCUCAACCUAAUCUGACACAGUCCUUUCCCUCCCCUUGGCUGGCAAUGCUCACAUUGAUCUCGAUCUGGCCGUCAGCUCCCUGCAGCUGCAGCUUGCCUCGUCGGUUGAGGAUCAUCUGGCGAAUGUUAGUCGCGUAGCUCUCGAGCUCCUUCCCAAUCGAAGUGAGUGGGUCGAGGGCACUUUGGUACAGCUUGUCGAGGGACAUGCGCCCGAUGCGCGGCGCCUUGCGCGCAAUGGCAUCUCCCGCAUCGCCGUUCCUGCUCCUCUUCUGCUGUGGAGUGGCCGCGACAGCAGCUGCUGAUGCCGCUGCGGCAGAUCCCUCGGCUUCAGUCGUUCGUCUCUUCCUGCCGGAGCUUGUUGUGCCGGAGCUCAUAGUCGCUUUCUGUUGAGAAGCCAAAGAGGCUUCUCAACACAUCAUUUUUCCCUUUCGC